AUGAGGGAGAUUGGUCUUGAAGGCCAAGGGAUCUCUCCCAAUGCGGUGACUGCGCCGUUCCAAUUGUUCACCGAGGAGGCCAUCAAGCAGAUGAGAGCCGAAAUAUUCAGCCAGGAUGUGAUGGACAACUGCCAGUAUAUGUCUGCCUUCGUGAAAAGUACCAUUAGGGGAAUGGGCUCUGCGCGUGCUCCAUUCACCUGUGAUGCCUGGAAUAGCCCCGAAGUUCUUGCCAAAGUUUCAGAGGUGGCUGGUAUUGAACUGACACCUGCUAUGGACUAUGAGAUCGCGGCUAUCAACAUCUCAGUCAACGACCAGACCGUACCGAUAUUCAAUGCCCCCAAGCCCGAUGAAGAUAACCUCCCUGCCUUCGCAUGGCACCGGGACAGUUACCCCUUCGUAUGCGUGACAAUGCUCUCUGAUUGCGUCGGUAUGACAGGGGGUGAGACUGCACUGAAGACUGCGUCUGGGGAAAUCAUGAAAGUUCGUGGUCCGGCUAUGGGAACUGCCGUCGUUAUGCAGGGGAGAUAUAUCGAGCACCAGGCCCUCAAAGCCUACGGAGGUCGUGAACGAAUUAGCAUGGUCACUUCCUUCCGGGCCAAAUCCCCUCUUGUGAGGGACGAGAGCGUUCUUACUGGUGUACGCCCGAUCAGUAAUUUGUCAGAGCUGUACACCCAGUACACAAAAUACAGACUCGAGGUACUCGAAGAGAAAAUUCGCGACCGUUUGAAGAAGGAGCAAUAUCGGGAAUUCGCAAAGCGUGAUUUCGAUCUCGUGGGUGUUCGAACCUUUUUGACUGAACAAAAGGAUUUCCUCGAUUCGAUGCUUGAGGAGUUGAUUGAGUAG